GUUCUAAAUUAACUUAUUCAAUCUGCCCCCGGCCUUUACUAUACUGUAGUAGCUGACGGCACCGGAAGUUCCACGAUUUGAGCUUGCUACGUCACUGGACCAAUCAAAGUGGAGUUAAGAAACUUCGAGGCGGAUUCUUAAAAUUGAAUUUCGGAUAGCCAGGGCCGGAUGUAGGAGACCGUGGACCGCUGGGCUGGAGCUACAUUUGGUUACCAUCCCACAGAAGCUCCUCUUAUCCCGUAAACCCAAUAUAAUUACAUUGAAGCUCGUGGUUUUAACGUCACAAAACGUGGMCGAGUUUCGCCUGGCGAUAAAAUCUGUUCUUGAUCUAAGAGACGCUAGAAGUCAAAGAUGGACUGGUUCCACUGCAACCACUGCUUCAAGAAAAACGGGUCGAAUUUCGCUGUGUCGAGCUGCGGCCACAUCUCCUGCGAAGCUUGCAUUAAAUCAAAGCAGUGCAGUACGUGUGGGGUGGCCUGCAGUUAUCUGCCCAUCACUGAUCAGAUGAAGCCACAGGAAAAGGUGUUUUUCAUGGACCCUGGAAAGCUCAUCCAGGCAAGGAUGGAAAACAUAUCGCAGGUCUGUCCUAUUUAUGCAUCUCUGACAUCUUGGAGACACUUUCAUUGGUCACUGAGGAGUUUUCACACUCCACAGAUUGCCAUUUUCCAGCAGAAGCAGAUGGAGAGAGUCAUGGUUCACUUUAAGAACAAAUCCGCUGAACUGGAGAGGCUUCUGGGAGAGGUUUCUCAACAAGGUCACAGGCAACUGUCAGAGCUGAAGAGAGAGAACGGUGAGCUGAAGAAGCAGCUGUCAGAGCUGAAAAGAGAGAACGGAGAGUUGAAGAAGCAGCUGUUGGAGCUGCAAAGAGAAACCGCCGAACUGAAAAAGCCACUCUCUCAAAGGAGGGUUUCUCCUGGACAGUUCCAAACUACUGGCGCUCAGAGGGUUUCGCUCCCGGUUGGCGUUACCUCACCAGUUACUCCUAGAUCAAGAGCAUUGAGUAAUGUAGGCUCUGGAGAGUCUCAGAGGUGGAGCAGGGAUAGAGGCAUUUCUCUCACUACUCCGGGCUCCAUUGCUUCCGUCUCCAGCCACAGCUCUCUCCACGAAUUCAGAACGUCACCAUCUUUUAGCACUCCUACAAGAACCCAGACCCCUGGCUUCCAGUUCCCAUUUAUGAAUGGAAUCUCACUACACUCACCCAGACAGUGAAUAACUCGCCACGCUUGCUGGGAAUGCCUUUGAUGUGCAUGAUGCCCAUUUACGUGAGCCUGAACAACAAUAGCAUUUUACAUCCUUAAUCUAAAGGAAGGGGUAUUCCCCAAAUGUUGAAACACCUUGCCGUAUUGUUCACCUGGAUUAAAACCUCCAUGUAAACUUUGA